AUGGUCAGCACCCUCCGGCCGAAGCCCGAUUCGAGCUUCGCAUCCAACCGCCUAACAACGAACAAUUUCCACGGAAAACAUCUCCUUUCUACUUUCAGAGAACAAGAAAAAAGUUCCGAGCUAGUCAUUAAACCCGAACCCGCGACAGACGAUGAGCCUGUUAGCUCCAGCGACGAAGAAGAGAUUAAGAGCAACGCCAGCCUAAAUGAGGCUCUCGACAACGAGAGCACGCCUCGUCGAUCAGGGCCGACCCUCGAAGAAAAACUAGCGGGGAGCUCCCAGGGAAGUGGAAGAUUGUCACAAACUCCGCGAACGAAGAAGGGGAUAGAAAGCCCAAGGCCCCAACGCUCGAGCCGUAAAAGGAUAAUGAACGAUGCGGCUCCUAUAAAGGGUGGAAGUGACAACGGCGACCCCUUUUCGGAGUGUGGAUGGUCCUCCCAACCUCAGAAGAGACACAAGGCCGCUGAUUAUGGAUCCAAGAAAAAGCGCAAUUCAGAUAUCUAUAUGAGGACGCCGAGUUCCAGUAUGACACCUUUACGCACGGAUUCCCCUGACCGUAAGCCGAAGUCGGCAGGCAAUUCACCGCAUACUGCGAAGAAAACGAAGGAUGAUGGAUUUAAGGUCCCGAAAGAUUACCACGUUGCCAGCCCGUCGUGUAAACCACGCUCGUCCCCCGAGUUCAAGGCUCCUCCUUUGCCGAACGAUACAUUCUCUAGUUCCUCCUUUGCUCCUUCCUCCGCUCGAGAGCCUGCAGUCUUCGACAUCGAUGAUGGGGAUGCCUCUCCUCUCAGUUCUCCGCCUAGCUCGCUAUCUUCUACUGGUUUAGAGGACAUGUUUGACGAUGUGGGCGACUUGCCGAAGCCGAAGCCGAAGCAGUCUCUGUGCCCUUGGUGUAAAGAAACUGUAGAUCCGGAACUCCUGUUACGGUUCCAGUCCCAGCCGAAACAGCGCCUUCGGGAGCAGCAGCGGUUCUGCGAUUCUCAUAAGCAGGCCACAGCCCAGAAAGAGUGGCAGGACAAGGGCUACCCGACUAUCGAUUGGGAUACGUUCGAUGAUCGGAUCCGUGGAUAUUUCGACGACCUUGAGACUCUUCUGGUUCCAGAUAGCCAGUCAUACUACCGAAACAUGCUGGAUUCCACAUUGAAGUCGGGCAAGGCCAAGAACUUCCGCCUGACGCUAGAGGGAGAUGGUCUGGAGACAAUCUCUUGUGGUUAUUACGGUACUCGAGGUGCUGGUAAAAUGUUGCAAGCUUUAACCGUGCGCUUCUCUCGUAAAUUGCGCCGCCUGGCAGUCAGCGACCACAUUGUCAAGUUGGCUGGGGUUGUCGGUUAUGCACAAGCAGUGCUCGUGCCUGAAUUGGCAGUCCGACUCGUCAAGGAUGAUAUGGAGGUGAACGAUGAUACUGCCCGGCAGAUCUUGCGCGACAGUAUUGAUAUUGGCGAGAGGUUGAAUUUCGAGUUGAACGACAAGGUUCCGAUGCCUAAAGAACCCGAACUUUCGACUUAUGUCUAG